CCAUGGAGCCACUGAUGAACCACCCAUCACGUCAUCCACGAUGCCUCUCACCCCAAUAGGAACCUCCACCUUCCCUUAUCCGCUCUUAUCUUUCCCCUGUGAAGUCAUUCCAGCUCGGGAAGCGAGGCGGAGAGGAUGUUCCUUUCAACGUCGCAAUUCGAUCGGCUGCUAGACAAGGCCACGAGCCUCCUGCUGCUCGAGGCAGACCUGGAAGCGACGCUAAGGCUCUGCGACUCCAUCCGACAGGGGGACACACAGCCCAAGUAUGCCCUGAAUGCUCUCAAGAAGAAGCUGUACGACAAGAAUCCUCACGUGCAGCUCUUCUCUCUGCAGGUGUUAGAAUCCUGGAUGAAGAAUUGCGGCGGACCGAUCCACGAAGAAGUCGUGACUCGGGCGUUCAUGGACGAGCUGCAGGAAUACAUCCACGGCUCCAACAACGAGAAGGUCCGAUCCAAAAUCCUGGAACUCGUCCAGGUCUGGGCCUACGCGUUCAGGAACGAGCCCCGCUACGAGAUCGUCCAGGACAGAGUGUUCGCACUGAAAGCGCAGGGCCUCUCCUUCCCGACGCUGAAAGAGAGCGACGCGAUGUUCUCCUCCUCCACCGCACCCGAGUGGGUGGACGGCGAACGCUGCCACCGCUGCCGCGACUCCUUCUCCCUCGUGCGACGAAAGGUUCCCCUC